GUGGUUUAUCGCACUAGCUCUGCAAAGAAAUAAUCGACCCAACUUCGAUGCCGCAUACUCCCUCUUAGCAUCGACCCUGAGCCUGCUCUGAUCAGCUGCGUUGCGCGACGGAUCCUCAGAUCGGUUCCCCAUCUUGCAUCCCCGCCCGUUUCAUGCCGCCCGUUCCUUGCAAUCAUCUCGGACUUCACCAACACACCAUGGAGGAUCAGGAAAAUAGUCAUGAUCUUGGCCCUGGCUCUCCCGGAGCAUCUAUCGGCCAAUUCUCGUUUGCUCCUGCCACUCAAACUACGGUUGUGACGACCACUACGACGACGACCACCACCCUUCCACCAGUGCUUAUCAGGCCGCCCCUCGCCGCGACACGAAAUCUUGACCCCAAGCUGUAUCCUCUGGCAUCGUCUCCUACACCGUCAUCACUGAGAAACAUCGAGUUUGAACUUGGUGGGAAACAGGUUAUAUUCAACGAGCCUGAGGACACGGCUGCCAGGCUGAAGGAGUUGAACGAAAGAGCGGUUGCGUUGAACGCUUCGAACGGUAUGGUACGAUCCGUGACCUCUUUCAGUUCAGAUGAUGCCCAGCUAGCCCGACGUUCUCAACCCAUAAAUCAACUGUCCAUAUCGAAACGUCGUGUGACCGAAAACAGUCACCGAGGCAAUCAUGCGUGCUCCCUAAGAGUCCCAUCCGAGCCCUCGGUUCGUUCGUUUCGUUCUCAAGGCCCGACAUCAACGCUUCCUGUGACGGCUGGCCUCGCUACCCCGGAGACGGAAAGCAAUAACAGCGCAGGUGAAGGGAUCAUUCAGAAGCGGAGGGUUUACAGUCUGAGUAAUCCUCGAAGAGAGACACUGCUACGAUCCCCGUUAUCCUCAGAGGUCGAGUCACAAGGAAAUAUCCCAGCGAAUAACAUCUGGAGAGAACCUUCCCGCAUGAAAACUGUGGUCUCAGACCGAAGCAGGCCGGUAGCUCGGUGUGAAACGGAAUCAAGCCUGAGUCGACCCCAACCAGGGGCGGCGGCAAGUCAGGAUUCCGGGUAUGGCGCUCCAGAUGACGAUUCUCAACAGCCUCCAACAGAGACUACGUCACAACGGACCUUUAUCGAUAAUCUCAUGGCUCAGGAUAUGUGCUUGCCUAGCCCGAGCCUGUCCCCAGUCGCUGCUAUGAACGCCAUGAACGUUGAUUCCUCCUUCGACUCUGCCGAGGACCCCGAAGCUGACACGGACUCAAGCUACGAUAAUAAUGACACCAACCCCGUUAAACCUCUGCGAAACGUGCAGACCAACGCAACAUAUCUUGAGCAAUCCAGCAACAGCUCAUUGGGUCUACUUCAGCGGCGGUCCGCUUCGCUGGCGGAUAUUCCUGCAGUCCUGGACUAUUUCGACGCUGUCCCUGACGAGAUGAAGACGUACGUCAUGUAUCAGUUGCUCAAGCGGUGUUCAAAACCCACAUUGCAGUUCGUUGCGGGUGUCGUAAACCCGGCCCUGAAGUGUGAUUUCCUGUCUGCUCUUCCGACCGAGCUGAGUCUCAACAUUGUCAAAUACUUCGAUGUUCAAACUAUGUGCCGAGCUGCGCAGGUCUCCAAAAGAUGGCGACACAUUAUCAAUUCUGACGAGAAGUCGUGGAAAGAGCUCUUUGACCAAGAUGGUUUCUAUCUUCCCGAAGGCGAGCUGGAACGUGCGAUCAGAGAGGGAUGGGGGUGGCAGUUUCCCAACGGCACUGACGAUUCCGAGAAAGAUUUGGGUGCAUUGCCUGCCGUCCAAUCUGAUGAGGAGUCAGGCCACAACAAGACGGUGGUCCCUCUCUCAGAGCCGAGUGAUAGAGUGUUGGCUUGGAAUCGUCGGCCGAAGAGGAAAGCUGUAACACGUGUUUCAAGCCGUAAACUCUCAAAGAGGAAGAUAUCAUCCAGUGGAACCGAUCAUUCUGAAUCCUCAGAUUGGAGAACGGAGGUGUCCAACUCGGAAGGACCUUAUGCUGCCGCGACUGCUGCCGCUGCCGCUGUUCCUUAUCCAGAUAUUGGAUUGCCAAGUCUGCGAGGCCUUCACCUUUACAAGUCGUUGUAUCAGCGUCAUCAUGGAAUUCAGAGAGCUUGGAUGAAACCGGAUGUUAAGCCGAGACAUAUUGCAUUCGAAGCUCAUGGUCGCAACGUGAUCACCUGUUUGCAGUUUGAUACCGAUAAGAUUUUGACUGGAAGCGAUGACUCGAACAUCCAUGUUUACGACACGAAGACUGGUGCUCUCAAGGCAACUCUCGAAGGACAUGAAGGCGGCGUCUGGGCUCUUGAGUACAUCGGCAACACUUUAGUGUCCGGAUCCACCGAUCGGGCAGUCAGAGUCUGGGACAUAGAAAAAGCGAGGUGUACCCAUGCCUUCGUUGGGCAUACUUCGACUGUACGCUGUUUGCAAAUUCUCAUGCCAGCGGUAGUGGGGAAAAAGGCAGAUGGCUCUCCCGAAGUGAUGCCUAAAGAGCCGCUCAUCAUUACUGGCUCCCGUGAUUCCAACUUGCGAGUUUGGAAGCUUCCAAAGCCUGAUGACCCGGAGUAUUUUCCGGCCAAUCCUCUUCUGGACGACCCGGAUUGCCCGUAUUUUGUUCGUGUUCUUACGGGCCAUCAACACUCUGUUAGGGCGAUCGCAGCUCACGGUGACACGUUGGUGAGUGGCAGUUAUGAUUGCACAGUGCGGGUCUGGAAGAUCUCAACGGGAGACCUUGUACACAGACUUCAGGGUCAUACACAGAAGGUCUAUAGUGUGGUUCUUGACCAUAAGCGGAAACGCUGUAUUAGUGGAGCCAUGGACGUCUUGGUCAAAGUUUGGUCUCUGGAGACAGGGACUCUCUUAUGGAACCUCGAUGGUCAUCAAUCUCUCGUUGGACUCCUUGACUUGAGAUGUGACCGGCUGGUUUCGGCAGCUGCAGAUUCUACUCUGCGAGUCUGGGAUCCGGAAACCGGUCAAUGCAAACAUAGGCUAAGUGCCCAUACAGGGGCUAUCACAUGUUUUCAGCAUGAUGGACAGAAGGUCGUCUCUGGCUCCGAUCGAGCGUUGAAAAUGUGGGAUGUUCGAACUGGAGAGUGUGUCAGAGACCUUCUCACCGACCUGGGUGGAGUGUGGCAGGUCAAGUUCAAUGAACGUCGUUGCGUGGCCGCAGUACAGCGUCGUGAAGUGACUUACAUCGAGGUUCUUGAUUUCGGCGCUUCGCGUGACGGCGUACCCAGUGAGCAGCUGGGCAAACGCAUAGUUGUCAAUCGCUGGGGCAACGAAAUCACUGAUACCGACGAAGAGUACGAUUUAUCAGAUAUCUAGAUCUGACGGUCUUGCUCGUCUGCUGGCCCAGUUCAGACGAGCGACCUGAUGCAAGCGUUGUUCACAACCAGACAACGGCAAACGGCCGCAUCAUCCUUUCGUUUUUCCUCGACAUACCCAACCAUGAAACAUUUACGAUACCCCCUUCA